AAAAGCGCGCCGGUUCGUUUUCAAUUCUGCGUGCCAUGUGCCAUACUUCGAAACAAAUUUCACAGCUGUUUAAUUCAAGUGUACUGUUUGAGUACACAGAUAGAAAUGUAGUGGGACAUUUGUGUCUAUCAGCAAGCAGGAGUUAAUCGUCAAUCCACACACUUGUGCCUAUCUUUCUUUCUGCGGCGCAGAGAUUUGAAAAGAUGGCGGGGAUCCCAGCUGGAUACGACGAUGAUAGUUUCGGUUCAGACGAAGAUGAGAUCGUUUUUGCGGACGACGAAGGAUUUCCAUAUGCAGAACAAAACGGUCACGUACACGAUCACAUUCCUGAGCGCAGCGUCCCAUAUCAACCGGCUGUCAAGAGCCUGGACCGCGUCUCAGGACGUCCCUUGGAGGAUAUUCGUAUUGCAGCGUCUCAGGGAAAUGUAAAGGUCCUGGAGCAGCUGUUGCAAGAAGGAAUACAUCCGGACGCGACACUGAAGGGGCACUGGACACCGUUACUACAAGCAUGCACCGCAGGAGCUGCAGAUGUGGUUGAUCUCUUGCUCAGAAAAGGAGCUAACCCUAACUUCAGCCACGACGGAGUAACUCCCCUGGUGGCCGCAUGUGGCUCUCGAAAGGACUCCGAGGACUCUGUCCUCGCUUGCGUCGAAAGUCUACUGCGACACGGGGCCGAAUGCAAGGGACACGACCGGCAAGGAGUGACACCCCUGAUGCUGUGUGCUCGAGAAGGCUAUCUACGGGUCAUGCAGUGCCUGCUCGACGAGGGAACGAGCGUAGAUGCGCAAGACAGUCGCGGCUGGACGGCUUUAUGCUGGGCUGCUCACGAGGGGCAGGGGAGGGCAGCUAGGCUCCUGAUGCGAUUCAAGCCAGACCCCGUUCGCUCUGUGACAUUGGCGGGGCAGACGCCGUCGGACCUGGCACUCCUGCAGGGCUACGACAUUCUGGCCGACAUUCUCUCUAAGUAUGAGACGAAGGGCGAACCGGGCAAUGCAGAAGUUAAGGAUGCACUCACACCGAGGUGGAGUGCGUCUGUGUCUGGAGACGUGGAGCUCUUUCUUGGCUCUCUCAACCUCUGUCACCUGGUAGAGGUGUUCCAGAAGCACAAGAUAGAUUUCACACAGCUACUGGAGUUGGACGAUCACGAGGCCCUCAUAGAGAUGGGUAUCGACAGUGUUGAGGAGAGAGAGAAGAUUCUCGAAGCCGUACGAACAGCGCGCAAGUUUCACAAGCCACACGCGACGAAAUCCGACAAGGCUGGAGCAGGUGACGUGUCGUCAUUCUUGUCGGCCCUGGGCCUGUCGUCCCUACAACCCCUCUUUCAAAAGAUAUCCUGGGACAAGCUGGUUCUGAUGGAUGACCCCGCAUUAAAAAAGGUUGGCGUGUCGCAAGUGGGUCCGCGGCGAAAGAUCCUCGAAGGCAUCCGCAAGGUCCACCUCUCUCCGUGGCAGAAGAGCAGCCUGCGCGACUUGCGCCACAGCAAGAACAUCACGUGUCCAGAUGCAGUCUCUCUCAUGAGCAACAUCACCUCCCACCUGCGGCACGUGGUGCUUUCCGUCCGCUUCCUGCGGCAGGAGAUAGUCAAAGAUCCCAACAUCCUGGCCCUCGGCAGAGACCUCUGCAACGUCAGGCACCUGGACGAAGGGAGCCGCGAAGCUCGCGAGGGCACGCAGGCGCUCACGCAGGAACUGGACGCCCUCCUGCAGGACGUUGCGCGGGUGUCCGGCACGGUGGACUUCUUGCCGCACUGGCCUCCGACGCAGAAAGACGCGAAGAAGAACGGACGGCGGACAGCAUUCGGAGCAGCUGUUGUUGUGGUUGCUGCAGGAGCAGCCUUCUGGUUUAGGCGUGUACACAGGGCAGCGUCGUGAUUCGCUCUUGGGUGUAGAUAUUUUAAGGAUAAACUUUGAUCGACAUUGCAAAAUUGUGUUGCUGUUUGUAAGUACGUUACGCAGCGGUCAACAGUCUUUUGUGGCUUGAUUCUCGUUGGCGUUGGGGUCUUCUUUCUCCAAGCUGAAAGACAUAGAAAACUAAUGCAGUAACGUGCAAUUACGAAUGUCACCCAUCUUGCGAUUUCGACAUCCAAUCACCCCAUUGUUGAGGAACGGAUAAUAUACUGUCCCAUAGGAAAUUGAACGUCAUUUCCAGCAAAUGCCAUUCGUAUGCUGCUGCACUGCAACGUAUAAUGACAUUUGUUUUCGGUCUCUCACGAACCAAGUACUCUUGCAUAUGUGUAGUGGAGUUUAAAAACAAAGCAACUCAAACAAAACAAGUCAAACAAAAAUAAGAAAAACACAUUUUUUCAA